UUUUUCAAAAUUUGAAUUGCCGCUUUACUUUUCAGAUCCCAAAUUCGAUUGUCUCCAUUUCAUUUCCGCUUUCCUCUUUUUCUUACAAACCAAACUCAGAUGGGUGCUUCUCACAGUCGUCGCGAGGAUCUCGAAAUUUCAGACUCAGAAGAAGAAGACGAAGAUUAUCAAACCGAAGAGGAAGACAACUACGAAGACGCCGAGGGCGAGAGAUCUUCGGAGCGCCGACCCAAAACCCCAUCUUCUAUAGACGAUGUGGAGGCCAAGCUUAAGGCCCUCAAGCUCAAGUACUCGACGCCCCAUAACCCGAAUCUCAGAAAUGCGGUCAAACUCUACCUCCACAUUGGUGGGAAUACGCCUAAAGCCAAAUGGGUAACUUCUGAAAAACUCACUUCUUACUCUUUUGUUAAGACCUCAAGGAUUGGAGAUGGUGAGGAAGGCGAUGAAGACGAGGAAGAUGACGACGACGAUGGUAAAGAUUCUUGGUGGGCUUUAAAGGUUAGUUCGAAGAUUCGACAGAAGGUCUCUUCUGAGUUGCAGUUGAAGACCUUCGCUGACCAGCGUCGCGUUGAUUUUGUGGCAAAAGGUGUUUGGGCAAUGAAGUUCUUCAAUGACGAAGAUUAUAAGGUUUUUGUUACCAAAUAUCAGGAGUGUUUGUUUGAGAACACACACCGAGUUGAGGCGACUGACGCCAAUAAGCUUAAGGUUUAUGGCAAAGAUUUCAUUGGGUGGGCGAACCCAGAAGCUGCGGAUGAUUCGAUAUGGGAAGAUGCGGAGGAUUUCUUGAAGAGCCCAGGCUCUGUCACACCAUUGAGGACGAAUCAGGAUUUGAGGGAGGAAUUUGAAGAGGCUUCAAAUGGAGGCAUUCAGAGCUUGGCAUUGGGUGCUUUAGACAACAGCUUUUUGGUGGGUGAUUCUGGCAUUCAAGUUGUUAAGAAUUUCACUCAUGGAAUACAUGGGAAAGGUGUUUAUGUCAACUUUGAUCAUGGAAAUGGAAAUUAUAGUGGUGGUUCGAGUUUGACACACUCAACCCCCAAAAAAGCUUUGCUAAUGAGGGCUGAGACUAACAUGCUCCUGAUGAGUCCUAUCACUGAAGGGAAGCCUCAUGGUAAGGGGCUUCACCAUCUUGAUAUCGAAACUGGGAAGAUUGUUACUGAGUGGAAGUUUGCUAAGGAUGGGACUGAUAUCUCAAUGAGGGAUAUUACAAAUGACGGUAAGGGAGCUCAGCUUGAUCCAACUGGUUCUACAUUCUUGGGAUUGGAUGAUAAUAGGCUGUGCAGGUGGGAUAUGCGUGACAAGAAUGGGGUUGUUCAGAAUCUUGCCAAUUGUAGUGACCCUACUCUGAGCUGGACACAAGGACAUCAGUUUUCCAGAGGGACCAACUUUCAGUGUUUUGCAACCACAGGUGAUGGGUCUAUUGUUGUUGGGUCUCUUGAUGGAAAGAUUCGAUUGUAUUCGAUCAACUCUAUGAGGCAGGCAAGAACAGCUUUUCCAGGCCUUGGCUCUCCUGUCACUCAUGUGGAUGUAACUUUUGAUGGCAAGUGGAUUUUGGGUACAACUGAUACUUAUUUGGUACUUAUCUGCACCCUUUUCAUUGAUAAAGAUGGAAAGACCAAGACAGGGUUCAAUGGUCGAAUGGGGAACAGAAUAUCUGCUCCAAGAUUGUUGAAGCUGACUCCUUUGGAUUCACAUUUAGCUGGACUUAAUAAUAAAUUUCACAAUGCUCAGUUUUCAUGGGUCACUGAGACCGGGAAGCAAGAGCGUCAUUUGGUGGCGACUGUGGGCAAGUUUAGUGUAAUCUGGAACUUCCAACAGGUGAAGGAUGGAUCACACGAGUGCUACCGCAACCAGGAGGGCCUGAAGAGCUGUUACUGCUACAAGAUAGUUCUCAAGGACGAUUCCAUUGUGGAAAGUCGCUUUAUGCAUGAAAAAUAUGCAGUCACUGACUCACCUGAGGCUCCACUGGUUAUAGCAACUCCCAUGAAAGUCAGUUCCUUUAGCAUCUCCAGCAGGCGUUGACAUUUGGAGGCGUUGCCGUUCAUUAAUUGUGAGCUGUAAGCUUCAUAUGUUAAAGUUUCAUACGCUCUGUUUAAUACUUUCAGUUGUACCUUAUUAGACUGUUGUUAAACUAAGAAAUUUUAGAAACUAAUGAUCUGAUUGUCAGUUGUACUCUUGUCCCAAAGAGUUUCUCCAAUUGUUAUUGCAUUUGCAAAUUAUUCUAAUGAUAGCCAGCCUUUUUGUUUCA